AUGUUCAUAAUCACCCAUGCCAUCCUUUUGUUUUCCCUCAUUUCGACGAAAGGCUCUACGUGGAUAGACACGGCAGAGGGUCAUAUCAUUGAAGAAGACUUCAAUGGAAGUUACAUCGAAAAGGAAGUCGGCCAAAAUGUGACUCUUCUAUGUCACGGAAACGCGUCUCUACUUUGGGACUUCGAUCGUGAUAAAAACCAACUUCAACAACGAAUCAAAGUGAACGACAGUGUGACGACCUUGUCGUUGUUCAUUCGAGAUCUAAAUGUGGUUGACACGGGAAAGUAUUCGUGCCAAGAGAGUAACAUGUCAAUGACGAGAUCGCACAUUCACAUGUUCGUGCGAGGAAAAAGUGCUUUUGUGGAACGUCCCAACACCGAUCCAAUUAAACUACUCAAAAAUAAUUUGAGGAUUCCAUGUCGAGCGUCAAGAUGGAUCAAAGGAUUGGGUUCGUUUUGCAGGGAAGCUCGUGGGAAAGUGCCACUCAAGCAAGAUGUGAACACAAAAAUGAGCAAAUCGACUUUCAAAUUCAGUGAACUACGGGCUCUGCACGAACAGCUGAUGGACGGGGCGAAAGCAGCUGAAAGAAUUGAUGAAGAAGAGACAAACGUGCCGCUCGAUCAACGCAUCGAUCGAAUCGCCUACGAUUUCAGUCUUGAAAUCGAUGUGAUGAAUUUGAAAAUCGGACCUUUGCUCGGACGAGGUGAAUUUGGAAAAGUAUCAAAGGGAUACCUCAAAAGAGCAACUCCCGGUCGACCAAAUGAGUUCAAGGAUCUUGUUGUCGCUGUUAAGGACGAUUUGAUAAAUGACAAUCGAUUGCAAGCCGAUUUUCUCUAUUCGAAUGCAAAAGUGCUAAUCGCCACCACCGAUUUACUCGAUUUCUCAUGGCAAAUCGCUACCGGAAUGGAGUAUUUGAACAAGAUUCCAUGUUUUCACCGAGACUUGUCGGCCAGAAACGUACUGAUCACCAAGAAUAACUUGUGCCGUAUCGCCGAUUUUGGACUAGCGAAAAGCAAUGAGAAGAGCUAUUACAGAAAGGAUGACCAAGCCAAUGAACUGUUGCCGUUGAAAUGGAUGAGCCCGGAGACGAUUCUGAACGGAUACUACUCACAAGCGUCAGAUAUCUGGUCAUACGGUAUUUUGCUGUACGAAAUCUUCUCUCUCGGAGCUCAUCCGUAUCCGGGAAUGGAGAACCGAGACGUGCUUGAUAGAGUGCUUCGCGGGGAGAGGAAUCGACGCCCCAAAUAUGCUCCCGAUUUUAUCUACGAGUUGCUCAUGAAAUGCUGGCAAUUGGAUCCCGAUCAGCGACCAUCUUUCACCGAUUGCGUCGCUCAAUUAAAAGCCUAUCUGCACAGUGUGGCCCCAGAAUCUCUCGCCAAAUCGGAGAUCGAUCUCGCUCUCGAAAGGAAACGUCUUGAGAAAUGUACCGAGUGGAGAGCGAAAGAGAAAGAAGAAAAGGGUUUCGAGAAGUUAACGAGAUGGGAGCUUUGUCGUUCUGGUUAUCGUUUCAUGAUUCUCCAUGGAGCCUUCGCAAUUCAUCCAGGCAUUCGUCCUGGAGAUGACUCGUUUCGAAAAAAAAUGAGAAGAAAAAUGUGGAAAGUG